ACGUAAGCAGUCAUUACUAGUCUUUCACUGACCAAACUCCCGCUACGCUCCCAUGGCGGACUACCCGACUCGGCGCCCAAUGGCCCCCAUCUCAUAGCACUCUCGCAACGCCCACACUCCGAUUCAAGCUCACUCCUCCGCCUCAUGGCCCUUCCUCUCCUUCUUCUCAGACCGAUCCUAUUGCUCUCUUUCUUACUUUUCGCCCCAAUUCUCAAUUUCAAAGCUGCCUUGGGAUCGGUCACCGAAGAAGAUUUCUCGGAGGAGUUGCUUCUGAGGCCAUUGCCGGAUCGAAAGGUGCUGGCCCACUUCCAUUUCCGAAGCAGGGCCCCGCAUACCAGCUCCAAUGGCCGCCAUCACCAUCUCUUCCCCAAAGCCAUAUCUCAGCUGGUUCAGAAGUUUCGUGUUAAGGAAAUGGAAUUAUCUUUCACACAAGGUCGCUGGAACUAUGAUCGUUGGGGUGGGUUUGAUCCCAUAUCAAGCAACAAUGCCAAGCCUCCUGGAGUUGAGUUGUGGGCUGUCUUUGAUGUCCCUCUUGAACAGGUGGAUGAUUCUUGGAAGAAUUUAACCCAUGCUCUUUCGGGUCUCUUUUGUGCUUCAGUCAACUUCCUAGAAUCGUCUACAACAUAUUCUGCUCCUGAAUGGGGCUAUCGCCCAGCGCCAGGCAGUCUGAGGUAUGGUACAUUGCCCCGUGAGGCUGUUUGCACUGAGAACCUAACUCCAUGGCUGAAGCUCCUUCCUUGUAGAGAUAAAGCUGGGCUUUCUGCAUUAAUGGAUAGACCAUCUAUCUACAAAGGAUUUUAUCAUUCACAGCAGUUGCGCUUGACCUCAAGUGAACUUGAAUCAGAGGAGGGAGGUUCAGGAAUUGUUCUACAACAAACACUCACAGUUGUUGUCCAGCCUGAUAGUGAGAGAAAUGUUAUGUCUUAUUCCCAUGAAACAAAAUUACAACCAAGCUGGUCCUUGACUUCAAUUUUUGGGAGGAUGGUCACUGGAAGAUGUGUACUUGCCAAGUCUUCCACCGUAUACCUUCAGCUUGACAGGGGACUAGUUGGUCAGCUGGAUUACUUGCAGAAAGAAAAUGAGUUAUCUAGUGAUGAUAAAUCUGUCUAUGAAGGUUUUAGUAGUAACCCUGGAUUUGAAUUGUCUGUUAAGCCGGACAGGGUAUUAAAAGAACUGAAUGACUUUGAAAAGAAGAACCCAUCUGUUGUAUAUGAAUUUUAUAUUGAGAAGUACAGUGAGUCUAGGCCAUUUGAUUUAGGCCUAACUUGGAAGCUUCCUGUAGUUUGGUCCUGUCAGAAAGCACCAUUACAUGCUGUUAGGUUCUUGAUGGGAAGUGGGAAUGAAAGGGGUGCUAUUGCAAUAUCCUUGAGAUCUACAGAAGUGAGUGAUGAGUUGUUGCAAACUGAUAUGAGUGAAGGCAGGUGCAAAUUGGAAGUUAAAGUUUUUCAGGUUGUGCCUUGGUAUAUUAAGGUUUAUUUUCAUACAUUGCGAGUGUAUGUUAAUGAACAACCUCAAGAAGUUUCAGAUGUUGUUGAAAAGAUGCGUGUUUCACCUUCUGUAGACAAAGUGUCACCUGGGGUGAUGGAGAUGGUCCUGAAAUUCCCUUGUGGAAUGAAAUCAGCAGCUAUAACCUUAGAAUUUGAUAAGGGGUUUUUGCAUAUUGAUGAGUAUCCUCCAGAUGCCAAUCAAGGAUUCGAUAUUCCAGCAGCCAUUAUAAGCUUUCCCAACUUCCAUACAAGCAUGCAGUUCUUUACAGAUAAAUCUGUGGAUAGGUCCUCCAUCUUAUCCAAAUUCCAGGAAAACAGUGCUGUUCUGGCAUACACAGAAGUAUUACUUGUACCGUUGACAACUCCUGAUUUUAGCAUGCCUUACAAUGUUAUCACAAUUACAUGCACUGUAUGUGCUUUGUAUUUUGGUUCUUUGCUCAAUGUACUUCGAAAGCGUGUUGGCGAGGAGGAAAGAUCUUCAAAGAGAAAAGCUACCAAGGAAACUGGUCGGCUCCGACAGCUGUUAUCUAGGGUGUCUGCCAAGCUGAGAGGAAGACCAUCUCAUCAGCCGACUUCCAAUUCAUCAACCUUCAUCAGUUCAAAACUUAUACUUUUUAUACUUAUGGCUGGAAUUGCUGUCUUUUGGCAAGUUUAUUUUGGAUGAUGUGUCUAAGUCAUUGUACAAUAGGUGCCAAUUAGGUCCUUUACUGUACAAUAUGAGCUUGCCAUUUUUAGAGCCCUAAUCCAUAUGAGGGGUAGAACUUAGUUACAGUAUCUUCAGUACUGUACUGCCCAGAGUGUCCCCAGCCCCCAAUUGUAGUAGGCCAUGUUCACAUGAGGCUACAUCACUAAACGUUACACUAUUCACACACGCAAUUGACCGUAACAAUUCCGUUCUUAGACAGUCUCCCAUCCCCUACUUGAUGAGGCUGGGGAAGCUUACAACUAAACCAAUGCUGCAGCGAUCACGGAACUUGAAAGCCGGUAUCAACUUUGGCUGAAGUUGAAGGGGGCUGGCAGAGUUUGCGUUCUUGUGUUUGCCAAAAGAAGUUCAAGAGGGAACAGAAGUGUUUGGCUUUAUUUAAUCCUACCAUGUCCAUAGCCGUUUGAUAUCUGACCUUUUACCUUUUCUUUUCUAGUUCGUACUUAUUUCAGUUCAACAU